AAUAAAUAAAUAAUAUCUUCUAACCUAAAUAAGGUUAUAAUUUUAAGUUUUUGAUAUAAAUCUAUUAAACGAAAUCUUACAUUAAUUUUAAAAGGAUAAACAAGUUGGCACUAGAAUAUUGAAGUAAAGAAACAGUACUUCUAGAACACAUUGUCGAUUAAUCGUUGGGAAAAAUGUACACAAUGUUUAAUUAAAGUAACAUGGGCCGAACUAAACGAAAAAGAAAGUUGAAGAAAGAUCCCGAUUAUUGCAAAUAUAACAAUAGCAAGGAAUUGAUAUCAUUGAACUCUUGGCUAAUAAAACAUGGUGUAAAGCGGAAUAAGAAGUUGGACUUGGCUGUUUUUAAGGAUACUGGACGCGGAGUGCUCACCAAAAAGAAGAUUUGUGCCGGAGAUGAACUAAUUAAUCUUCCUUUAAACUUGACUAUUAAUGUUACAACAUUGGUAAUAGAUAAGAUCUUUUGUAGUAUAUUUUUAGACAAUAAGAAACAAUGUUGCGUAGAAUACAGUCGAGCGAUAUCAUUCCAGGCAUUAAUGUCCUUUUAUCUAGUCUACCUAAAACUACAAGGUACAGAAUCAAAAUGGUAUAUUUACUUAGAGAACUUGCCUACAAGUUACACAGUUCCUUAUUUUUUACCAAAUGAAAUGCUAUCAUAUAUUGAUAAAGAUAUAAUAUCUGUGAUUCUAAAACAGAAAGAAGUCAUUGAAAAAUCUUUCAUUAUUUUUGAGGAAAUUUUAAACAACACCACUAGUAAUAAUAUAAUAAUAGAUAAAUUAAAGAAGUAUUUUAGUAAGUCUGUAUUUGAAUGGGCCUAUUUCACAGUGAACACACGCUGUGUUUUUAUGGAUUUGACUAAUGUUAUUGAUUUACAAGAUAUCAAAUGUUCAAUUAUAGCAAUGGUUAGUGAUAAUACAAAAAUAUCUCUGUGUCCAUAUUUAGAUAUGAUAAACCACAGCCCAAAUGCAAAGAAUGAAACUAAAUUAGUAGUAAGUAGGAAUAUAAAAAAUGUUUCAGUGAACAAUAUACAUGAAGAUAUAUUUACAAAUGUACAAUUUUCUAUUUAUACAAAAAAUGACUUUAAACCCCAUUCACAAGUAUUUAUUUGCUAUGGGGACAGCCAUAACUUGAAAUUAAUAACUGAAUAUGGUUUUUACAUAGCGGCCAAUGAACUGGAUUGUGUCAAUUUUAGCUUUGAUCAUAUAAAAACGUUUCUAAAUUCUAAAACAAUUGACUUUUCCCAAGAUCAGUUAAAAUUUAUUAGUAACCACAAUUUGAAUAAAGCUCUAUACAUUGACUUGAGAGGGCUCAGUUUCAAUUUCUAUGGCUUGUUAAUGGUUGCUAAAUAUUAUUAUAAGGAAAACACUGAUGUAAGUAGGUUGAUCUAUUCUGCUGCCAUUUGUUCUGACGAUAGACUGCUUAUAGAUUUAAUUAUACCUAUGAUCAAAGAGAAACUGGUUGAAAUAAAAUGUUCAAUUAAUAAAUUAAAUAGCUAUAAUUGUGACUGUGUUACUUUAAAUAACUGUGUAGAACUUAUGUGUCAAUAUGUCAUGAUAUUAGAGAAGUUUAUUAAAUGUUAGAUGAAAAUAACUCUU